AUGCCAGCAGACGGCGUCCACAUCUCGCCCACGGGGGAAAAGACCUUCAUCCCGCUCGAGAACAAUCCCGACGUUUUUACAUCCCUUGUCCAUGACCUGGGCAUCUCGCCCUCGCUGGGCUUCUUCGACGUCUACAGCAUCGACGAGCCCGCCCUCCUAGAUCUUGUCCCACGCCCUGUGCUGGCGCUGAUUUUUAUCUCCCCGGCGCCGAUGUACCAUCAAGUCCGCGCCGCCGACGGGACAAAAACUGUCAAAGAAGACGGGAUCACGUACGAAGGCGCGGGACCUGAGGAGCCCGUGAUCUGGUUUCUACAGACAAUUGGCAACGCAUGCGGGCUGUACGCGCUCAUCCACGCCGUCGGAAACGGGGAGGCACGGAGCUAUGUCGCGGAGGGGUCGUUGAUGGACAGGUUGCUCAAGGAGGCGGAGCCGUUGAAGUGGCAGGAGAGGGCGGACGUUUUGUACAAAAGCGAGGAGCUCGAAGAGGCGCAUAUGAAGGCCGCGCGGAGAGGGGAUACGGCGCCGCCACCUGCCGAGGAAAAACCGGGGUAUCACUUCAUCGCUUUCGUCAAGGGGAAGGACGGCCAUCUUUGGGAGUUGGAGGGCGGGUCAGAUGGACCUGUUGAUCGGGGAUUGUUGGGGGAAGGGGAAGAUAUGUUGAGCGAGGGGGCAUUGGAGAAAGGCAUCAAGAAGUAUUUGAGCUAUGCGGACGGCAACUUGGAGUUUAGCAUCGUCGCCUUGGCCAAAAGGGAGUAA